UGCCGGUGACGCCACACGCAUCCCGAAGGUCGUAAGCGCAGCCGAAGUCUCUCUGAUUGGACCAGACUCUUGAUAUCUGUCUUCGAUAUUAAAAAAAUCCGAGGAGGAUUUUUAACACUUAAAAGUUCAAAAAUGAAGUAUACAAACAAUGGUUUCAUGUACUUUUACAAUUGAUUCGUGAACUUGGCGACAGUUUCUUCCAUUGGCACGUCGUGUAUCGUCGUUUCACAAUUUACGUCACUGCUCGAUGACGUGCGAUGAGUUUCACGAAGGACGUAGUGACUGUCGCCGAUACUUCGAUGGAGGAGGAAAUGUUCGAGACUCAGUGGAGAUACGUCACUAAAGUCAAUUAAAAGUGAAACUCUUUAACUGGUGAAAAGUUCACGCCCCGCAGGAAAUCGCCGUCAGCUUUUUUUUACUGUGAACAAGCUGCAAUGAUAAAAGAGGCCCGGGUUAUGAUCAAUGGGAACAAAACCGUCGACGGGAUCGGAUCGCGACAAUAUUAUCUAUACGCGGUUCGUCGCGGUAACAGACUGCCUUCGCAACGACAACCGAGCUGUGGAGUCUCAUACAACCCCACUCUGCAUCAUUUUUUCUUUGCCUGCAACUGGAAAUUCUGCCCGAGACAUGAACACACAGUCGCUGGAUUAAUUUUGCCGUGUGCCGCCAAUUGUUACUUGUGGUGCAGAUCGAUUAUUAAUUUCCUGGGAAUCCUUGUAUGCAACGCUAAUUGAAGUGCAUUCGUUGAUGACCCAUUACGUUACCAUUAGAUUCCCCUAAUUCGUAUCUUCAUAAUUGUUACGUCGUAACAACAUAGAUAUACGUAUUUUCUGUAUACACUGUAAAAAAUUAAAAAACAGCAGAUAUAAAGCAGGGGAGAUUUCCUAAACUUGGAAAUACUCGAAGCGUUGUCUUCUGUAGCUGUAGCAAAUUUGUAUUGCAUGCGACCGUCGACAAGCAACCUCCGCCACCGUACCUUUCAUUAACCUGAAGAUAUAGUCUGUCAAAAUUUAACUUCUUAACAGAAUACAAAACAGUCGCUCGGUAAGUAAACGUACACUGUAUCCUACAAAUUUUAGUUAUUAAAGUGAUUUUCAAAUUAGCUAGUAGAACAUUUGCACCAACCCGAAAUAUUCGAACGGUUUUAAGUUAUUGUUCGAAGCGCAUAUUAAAAAUAAUACAAAUUUAACGCGCGCGUGAACAUAAUAAUCAAUUUUAGAACGAAACACAUAAUAGCUAGUCGCGAUAUCUUCAGGUAAAGAAACAGGACCAUAUCAGAUUUGAAUUUUUAUAGUAGCAACUAAUCAAUUAGAAACUUGUAAUAAACUUCGUGAUAGAAGAGAAGGCGCGAAUUAAUAAGAAGUAUUUAUGUUUUGUUGAGAAUUAUCUGUUGGCGUGAUGUAUGCGCAUGUAUGCAUACAUAAGUAGCGGAGAAACAUUGCAUCCUGUGAAGAAUUUCCAGGAAAUGAAUAAUCGCCACGGAAAAGUAUACUCAAUGUUUGAAUUUUUCAUAAUUUAGUUUAUUUAUUGCCAGCGAAAUUCGGUGAAGUAUAAUAUGUUUCUAGGUAUUCUGUAAUAUUACUAUAAUAUACAUUACUUUAUAUUCGAAGUAAAAGCAAAUUAAUUAUGAAAGUUGUUUUUGCACAUUUUUACCAGCCAAGUCAUAUUACUGGUUUACAAUUAUACUGUUUCAAAGCUUAUCUUGCGUGAAUAAUACGGGUCUUUAUUGCAUUACGGGCGCCAAUGAUCAGAAGUUAAUGUUAUAAUGAAAAAUAUAUUCUAUGGCAUAAACUUUUGAACGUAUAGAGAAUGUGACAAAUAUAUAUAUAUAUAUAUAUAUUUGUAGUAUAAAAGUUUAAAAACAUUUGUAUUUGUUUCUAUAUAUGAUCACGCGAUUCAGCCUCAGAUUACCAGUUUUUAAAGAGUAUUUUUUCUUUAUGCUCUAUAUGUGUUGUAACCUUUAUGAAUCAGCAGCAGAUAUAACACAUGUUAUACAAAGCUUGUUAAAACUCAAUCUUUUUAUACACGAAUAGAACAAAUUUUACGUGUUCUUUUAGUUUUGGUGGAAAAUUUCUCUAGCAAAAUAAUAUUACGAGUGAAAUGUAUUAAAACAAAAUAGUUAAUACAUAAAAAAUUAGUAUUCACUUAAAACUUAAUGUUCGUAGUAAGAUAAUAUCAUAUAAACUACAAUUAUAAUUGUAAUUACAAUUACUGAAUUUUUAAUUGAAAAAGUUUGUUUGAAAAAAGUAAAAUUAAGAAUAAAUUGAUACAAACAAGUAUAGUACAAUGUAUCAACGUAUUAUUCAUUUGUACGUACAAAUUUUUCGCAAUUUAAUGAUACCAUAUUCCUACAACAUCAUACGAAAAUGUUUCAAUAAAUAAUUGAAAAAAUUGCUAUUUUUAACAAUUUUAUCGUAUAUUGUAAUCACGAUACCUUGCGGCAGUUUGCUGAACUACUUAGUGAUAUUACCUUUCACUGGUCAUAUCUCCAUAGGUGAGAAGUUUUUGUUUCACUGUAUAUUUAAUACCGACAAGUUUAAAAAGCCUUUGGUUUUAAUAUCCUCUACACCAUAAAAGAGAUGAAGUCAGAAGACGAUUACACAUUUAGUUAUAUUUAACAGUUACAUUGGGAGAAUUAUAUAUAUUCAUUUGAAAAUCAGCAAAGAUUUUCAUUAACCACAAUAUGAAAUAUUAAUUCGAGUAAAAAGCAGAUUUUUUUAUGAUGUCGGUACUAUAGAUCCUGUGGAACACAAAACUCUGUAAGGUGAAUGAUCUAUUCCAUACUUCGUUUGUAAAUGUGUAUGAAAUUCAUAUUUUUACGAAAGCAGUUACUAUAAAUAGUUUAUAAAAGCAUAGAAAGAUUAACUUUCUUGAAAUAAUGUAUGGAUAAACUGUGUUUUCAAUCUGUUGAUAUGAUAUUUACAAUUUUUCGAACCUUCAAAUAUAAAACAAUUUGACACAGUUACAAGUGAUUUAAGUAAAUAUUAAAAAUUGUUAAAGGUAAUAAUGAGUGUAUAUAUUGUUUACCAUAUUUACAAAUAAAACUCAAUAUUAUAUUGAUACAUUACUCUACUUAUAAGAUAAAUUAAUUUACAAUUCAAAAAUGUUUACUUUACAAUUUGGACAAUGUGGAAAUCAAUUAGGCCAUGCAUUAUUCUCAAAGAUAUCAUCAGACAUGGACUGUGUAAAUACAGCUGUAUCUUAUAAUGCUAAUUAUCAAUAUUCAGAAGAUACAUUUACUAAAUGGUUUAGUGGCAUAUCUAAAGAAGGUAAACAUUUAGCAAGAGCAAUGCUUGUGGAUACAGAACAAAAAGUGAUAAAAAAGAUUUGUAACGAUAAGACAACACCGUGGAUGUAUUUGACAAAAAAUGUAAUUUGUCAGUCUGGAGGAGGAUGUGCCAAUAAUUGGGCAUAUGGUUAUAUGAUAAAAGGAAAUGAGUUAAAAAACGAAAUAUUUAAUUCUAUAAGGCAAGAAUUAGAAAAAAUAGAUCGUUUUGAUGGAUUUCUUUUACUUUUAAGUUCAUCAGGAGGUACAGGAUCUGGAAUUGGAAGUUUCAUUACACAAUUAUUACGUGACGAAUACAGAACAAAAUCAAUUAUUACCACAACAGUAUUACCAUUUUCAUUUGGUGAAGUAUGCACUCAAAACUAUAAUACAUUGUUUACAUUGGCAAAACUUUAUAACCAAAGUGAUAUGAAUAUAAUAAUUGAGAAUGAACAAAUACAUGAUAUAUGUAAGAAUUUACUAAACAAAUUUAAGACAAAUUUGAAUGACAUGAAUGAAAUUAUUUCAGAAAAGUUAUUGGCUAUCUUUCAACCAAUAAAUAAUACAAAAUAUAAUGUAACUUCAUUAGUGUCUCAGAUAGCAUCACAUCCUUCUUAUAAAUUGGCAACAAUUAAAAGCACUCCGCAUGUAUCUAAUGCAUCUUUAAAAUAUGAACCUAUUUGUAAUUGGAGUUCAUAUAUACACCACCUAAAACAGACACUUCGAAUACCAAAUUCAAAUUCUAAAUUGACUGAUGUUGAAUUAAAACUGCCUUCUAGUUCAUUAGGUACAACUAUGCAUCAUGUAUAUACAUGUUCAGUAUCAAAUAUCCUCAUAACACGUGGUACCAUGACUGAUGAUAAUUUCACUGUAACCAAUGAAUUUAAAGAUAAAUGUUUGUAUACAAACUGGAAUACAACCGAUUGUUUUACCCAUUUGCACCAAGAACAAAAAUUUUUAAAUCAUGACAAGUUUCUUGCUCUGCUUACUAAUAAUUCCCAAAUUUCCUGCCCUAUAGAUACAAUUUUAAGUAAGGCUUGGAAAUCUUAUAUUCAUGCUGCAUAUUUACAUCAAUACAAACGAUUUGGUUUAGAAGAAGAUGAUUUUUUACAAGCAUUUGCAGUAAUUGAAAAUGUUGUAAAAGAGUACAAGGACCUGAAAUAGAAAAAUAAUGAAAAUAUUGUACAAUGAUUUUAUUUUUAUGUUAUGCGU